UUCGUUUGACAGAUGUUUCAGGGAGUCGUAUCUCCAGCGACGGUUGUGAAGAGGAUGAUGUCUUUCCUGGCCUACAUGACUCACAAUGCUCUCUUCUGCUUCCUCGGACAGUCGAUCACUGAUCAGAGCGAGCGCCUGCUGCACUCGGCGUUCAGCUGUGGCUGGUCGGACGCCGACCCGCCGUUCAAGAGGUCGCUCACCAUCAUCAUGCUGCGGACGUCACGGCCGCUGGUCAUACGCUUGGGCAAGUUUUUCACGCUGUCCAGGAACACGUACAUGCAGAAUCCUGUUGAGGUGAAAGAAAAUGAAAGUUCACCUGCACUUAACCCGGAAAACUAG